UGCCUGCUAGCAUGACUUCCAUCCUUCCAGAGCAGCAAACGAAGAGCAAACGGAUAACUUCUUCGCCUCCCCGAGCCUGAAAUCAGCCGCAAAAACACGUCCGACGUUUUUAUCCAGAGAACAUUAAAUCUUGUCUGGGCGUCUCUGCCAGAUGCUGUGAUGCCGUUUUCCUCCACAAACUGACUGCAAACCGCCACAUGACCCACCGCUGCUGCCUGUGAGGACGCCGUUUUGAGCAGUGGGCGGGGCCUGUCCUGUCCGGGGGCGGGGCCAGCGAUGGACAGCAGGUGCAGCAGCGUGGAUUCGCGGCUGACCGGCAGAGGGCUGGGUUCAGUCAGCAGCACGCCGCUGUCCGCCAGGGUGGAGUCGUACGAAUUCGGGGAGAAGAAAUGCAUCUCAGAUGUUCGGAGGACAUUCUGCCUCUUCGUCACCUUUGACCUUUUGUUCAUCACUCUGCUCUGGAUUAUUGAGCUAAAUGUGAGCGGAGGCGUUCAGGCGCAGCUGGAGAAGGAAGUGCUGCACUACGACUACCAUGCCUCUUUCUUCGACAUUUUUCUGCUGGCCGUCUUCAGGUUUGCAGCUCUCAUCCUGGCGUACGCCAUCUGCAAGCUGCGUCACUGGUGGGCCGUCGCUAUAACCACUGCAGUCAGCUGUGCCUUCCUGAUUAUUAAAGUCAUUUUAUCAAAGCUGCUCCUCCAAGGCGCCUUCGGUUACCUGCUGCCCAUCGUCUCCUUCAUCCUGGCCUGGAUAGAAACCUGGCUGCUCGACUUCAAGGUGCUGCCGCAGGAGAACGAGGACGAAUGCAGGUAUCAGUCGUUCCUGGACGCCGUGGAGCGCGCUCCGCUCAUGGGUCCCGGUCCUCUAUCCGACGGCCAGUUUUACUCUCCACCCGAGUCUCUCGCAGACUCUGAUGAAGAUCUGGAGGAUAAACACGACCCAGAAAAAAGCCUGAUCCAGAAAGUCUCCUAACAGGUUCCUGAAGACGUCCUGCUCCGUCCGCUCUGGACCUUCUGCUCAACGCCGUCCCACUUCUGGUUCCAGCCGGGUUUUAGUUUUUGCACCUUUUAAAGAAUUCGUUUUUAUACAUAAUGAACUUAAAGUCUGGUUGAACAAAAAGAUUUUAAUUUUUCACCAUGUUUUGUUUGACACGUUUUUGGACAGCUUGUCUUAAAUUUACACCAUGUUUACUGUAAUAUUUGGUUGUUUUUGAUUUUACUGUGACAUAAAUCCUGCGAUUGGAUGAAGGAAAGCGUGAAGGAGCAGUUUGAUCAGGUCACUGAUUUAAAGAGACUGAAAAAAGGGAAAAUGAGCCUCAUGAAGGAUCCUGCACUGUAUCAUAUAUAUAUAUAUUAUAUAUUAAACUGCUUUUAAAAGCUGCUGUUGGAGGAGGAAACAGUCAAACAAUGUAAUUAUUGAUGCAUGCCAUCCAAACCGGUUGGGUUUCAGGGGAAGCUUGUCUGGAAAACAACCAAUAAAAAGUGAAACCUUGUUUUCUUUUGUUUCUGACUUUGCUGGGAUCUAAUGUGGGAACGUUUAGGUGGAAUAAUUUCCUGACUUUGAAAUGGGAACAGCAUGUUCUUAUGUCUUUCCCAUUUUGAAGAGUGGCAAGAAAACUGUCAGUGACACAGGAAGUCACUGAGCUUUGGAUAAUCGUUUUUCCCCCCCAACUGAAUUUUCACAAAUCAAAUGUUUUAGGGACUUUAAGACUAUAAAACAGGGUAGUUGUUUUAAAAUAAUGAAAUAAAAUAAAAACAGUGGUUUUGUGUAA